AUGACUUACACUGACUGUCUGUUCCAAGGCCUGUCCCGGACACACAGAUCUUGGCAGUCCUCCGCCAAGUUUACCGGUGUUUUGUUCCCCACCCCACCCAGCAUCUCACGAUAUUACCCCAACCGGGGCGGUGUCGGAUAUCGCACCCGGCGGUCACUUGCACGAAACAACCUUCCGUACUCUCCUCAACCGGCGGCAACCAUCGGAAGAAAACACCCACCCCUUAUCUGA